AUGGGGCCGGACUGUUUUGACUCUCUGCUUCCGAUCUCGAAGAUCUACUCGUGUACAUCGUUUCCAAUCGAACUGUCGAACUGUCGACUCUUUGCAGGUGCUGACGAUACUUGGACACCGGACACGAGCCGGACCAUCGGCAAGGGCAAAGGCAAAACUGCCAAGGGCAAGGAGAAGGGGCACGAGAAAGGCCAAGACCAGGUCCCCGAAAAGGGAAAAUCGAAAGGCAAGGAGAAGGGCGCAGAGAAGGGCGGAGAGAAGGGGAAAGAGAAGGGCAAGGACAAGAAUGAUAAGAGCAAAGAGAAGGGAAAGGGUGCCGAGAAGGCGGCCCAGCAAGGUGAGGAAAGACAUGUGAAGCCUGAGAAGGGCCACCAGAAGGGCAAAGAGAAAGGCGAGAAAGGAAAGGGCAAGGCGGGCAAGUCCUCGGGCAAGGCCGGCAAAGCCCAGGGAAGCCCGGCUGACGCGAAGGCGAAGGGUCAGGGAAAAGGCUCCGGGAGCUCCAAGCCGGAACGCAGAGAUGCCAGCGACUCCUACGGCGAACAGCUCAGAUGUCGCCCGCUCUUGGUGUGUUACGAGGGAUGUGUGACAUGUGUGCGUGAGCGUGAGCCUUUGCUGCUGAGGCGAUGUGGGUGA